CUCACGCUACUUCUGUAGUUGUCUAAUUGUCUCUGUCGUUCUAAAACACCACUGCGCUCUCUCUCUCUCUCUCUCUCUCUCUCUCUCUCCACCAUCUUCACUAUCUUCUUUGCCCCUCCACUACUCUCUCUCUCUUUCUCUCCCACCUAAAACUGGCUGGCUUUACAUUCCCCUUCUGCUCACUAUUUCUCGUGUCCACUCCAUCCGACCCAGAUGCCUGACUCUGCAAAAUACUCACCCAUCAAUGGCGGAACCAUCAUUUCAGACCUAAACACCCACUUCUCCCUCUUCAAAACCAAGAAAACCAAGGCCUGUGCUUUCGCCUUCGUCUCUGUUUUCGUUGCCUUGACUGUUUUCUUGGCUUUUAGUCCUUCUGCUAAUAACUCCUCUUCUCCCUGGUUCACAAAUAUUUUUUCUUUGAGCCCUGCCACAAAUUCAAGCUCUAAUGGAUCCCACUUCUCUUCAAUCUUCUCUUAUUUUUCCCCAAACUCUUCUGCUCCCCCCAAUGGGGUAACUGGAUCUCAGAAUAGUAGCUCUAAGCCCCCCAGUUUGAGUAAAGGGCAGAAAAAUCAGACUCAGAAUAUUGCUAAAGUUGAGCCCUUGAAGAAGAAGCCUUUAACCCUAAACUCAACUGUGAAUACAACAACUCAACCCUCUUCUUCAAAGAAUCAGGGCUCUGAUCAUAAAGUUGGAGUCUUUCAGGGAAACCAGACUGGGAAAUCUAGUUCAGGAGAGAAGAUAAUUGGAGAGAAGGGUGGGUUGAAGAAUCUUACUUCUUCAUUAGCAAAGAAGAAGCAGAGUAAUGGGAAUAAUGGUGGGGAUGAGGAUUUGGUUAAGUCUUUAUUGAAGUGUGAUUUCUUUGAUGGGAAUUGGGUGAAAGAUGAUGAGUCUUUCCCUCUGUAUAAACCUGGCUCUUGUUCCCUCAUUGAUGAGCAAUUCAACUGUUUUAAAAAUGGUAGACCAGAUAAUGAUUACUUCAAGUAUAGAUGGAAGCCCAAGGCUUGUACCCUCCCAAGACUGAAUGGAGCUCAUAUGCUGGAAAUGUUGAGAGGGAAGAGAUUAGUAUUUGUGGGUGAUUCUUUAAACAGGAAUAUGUGGGAAUCCCUUGUUUGCAUUUUGAGAAAUUCUGUCAAGGAUCAGAAGAAAGUGUAUGAAGAGUUUGGCAGACACCAUUUCAGAGGAGAAGCUUCAUACUCCUUUGUAUUUGAAGAUUACGGCUCCAAAGUCGAAUUCUUUGUGUCUCCGUUCUUGGUUCAAGAAUGGCAGGUCCCGGAUAAGAAUGGGACGAAGGAGACCCUUCGGCUUGAUUUGGUUGGGCAGUCUGCCGAGAAAUAUAAGAAUGCAGAUGUCCUAGUUUUCAACACAGGCCACUGGUGGACUCACGAGAAGACUUCGAAAGGGAAAGACUACUACCAAGAAGGCAGUCAUGUGUAUAGUGACCUUAAUGUUCUCGAGGCUUUUCGAAAAGCUUUAACUACUUGGGGGAGAUGGGUUGAUGCCCAUAUAAACCCCGCAAAAACAUUCGUUCUCUUCAGAGGCUAUUCUGCUUCUCAUUUCAGCGGAGGGCAGUGGAAUUCUGGCGGGGCGUGUGACCAUGAAACCGAGCCAAUCAAGAACCAGACAUACCUCACCGAAUACCCACCAAAAAUGAAGGUAUUGGAAAGGGUACUAAGAGGAAUGAAAACCAAAGUCUCGUAUCUGAAUGUCACGAGGAUGACUGAUUUCCGAAAGGACGGCCAUCCAUCGAUAUAUCGAAAACAAAAGCUAUCGGUCGAGGAGAAGGCGAAGCCAUUGAUGUAUCAAGAUUGCAGCCAUUGGUGCCUUCCUGGUGUGCCUGAUGCUUGGAAUGAGAUCUUGUAUGCUAAGCUUUUGGUACAACAAUAUCAAAAGCAGCAAGAUAAGAAGUCCUAGGUAACACACACUCAAAUAGUGCUUGUGUUUUAUUUGUUCAAUGUAGAGAUAUAUAAUAUACAUAGAAUAUAGAUAGACAAAAGAAAAUACCUUGAGAAGAUCCAAGAAACAGUACUUUAAAUGCAUAAAUUUGCAUAAAUUUUUUUGAGUGAAGAGAAAGAUUUGCGGUCACUAUCUAAGGGUGUGUAAGGGUGUGUAGUGGGUAAACCCUGUUAAAUGCAUAAAUUUGAUAAGUGAGGAAUAUGGAGACUGGAGUCUCUCUCCCUAGGAAUGGAGACAUUACAUUAAUAAUGUUCACAUGUAUUGAUAAGAGAAAAAUGAAGAGGGAAUAUUACUUCUCAUCUGAUUAUUCUAAACUUUUUGCA